AUGGGUGCAACUUGUUCAAAUAUUAAAAACCAAAAUGUAUUUAACAUCAUGGAACUACCAUAUAAGUAUAGAUAUUAAGAGUCUUAGUAUUCAUGUGAUGGCAUACAUCUGGUCUGAUAAUGGACAUAAUUUAUUUGAUUAUGAAAGUGAUUCGCUAGUAAAAAAAUCAAUUGAUUUCGAUUUCUAGGGUAUUUCCCUUAUAUAUAUUAGGAAGGGUGGUUUAAUUGGAUAGAGAUAUUUUAGCUUUAACAAAAAAUGUAAGAUUAUUUAGAUUAUUAUAAAGGAGGUAGUAAGAAAUUAAAGAGAAAUAUUUGAGUUUCGCAGUAAUCAAAAAUAUAUUGAGUUAUAUAAUCCUAAGAUCGAAAAUGCAUUCUGGAAAGUUAUUCGUCCUAUCCAGGCAUCAGAUUUACCUACUUUGGACCGUCAAAAAUUAAUCAUUAAUACAACAAUAAAAUUAGGAAGAGUCAAGUUGACAGUUCUUGAUUAUAGCUUUGCAUAUGAGUUUGAUGAUGGAGGAGGAGUACCUGAUGAAUUAGAUGAAAAAAAUAACUUAAAUGAUAGUGAGUGCGUAGAAGGAUAGGUGUNA